AUGGGUUAUAUGUCUUUAAUCACUAUACAAGUUAAGCUCCGCAUUGACCGCCCACUUCCUCUCCUCUCCUCUCCUGGAUGCCACAUCUUUCUCCUUGCCGCAAUCGCCACCGCCGCCGCCGUUGAUCCCGUGAUUGUCGCCGCUGCUAGACGCUCGCCACUGCUGGACGCUCCUCUCGCCAUCACUGCAUUGCCGCUCGCCACUGCCGCUACUUCCGCCACUGCCUAUCAAAUGCCUCGAAGAGCAGUAUCAUCCAGAGGUAGAGAACAUAGCCAGCAUCUGUCUAUGAAUGAAAUAGAUGAGGCAGUACAGGUGCAGGAGGAAAUACUGGAGCACACUCCACAAGCAUUAGGGGGCCAAACAAACGCAUCCUCAUCAUCAUCAGUUCGAACUAGAGGUCCGAAUUUGGGACAUCCUAUCCCAUCAAACCCAUCUGAUCGACAAUUGAUUAGAUUGAAAGGAACUGUUUUUUUAGAUUCUACGGUUACUAGAUCAAUCACUAAUGACAUUAAGAUGCGCUAUACUGCUCCAUGGAAAACUUGGUCAGAAAUACCUUUAAAGACAAAAGACGAGCUCUUCGGACUUUUUCGGAGUCGAUAUGCAUGGGAUGAGAGUGAAGAAGGUAUGGUUCGAAUUGCUUGGGAAAAGAUAGGUAAAGAAAGACUGCGAGACAUUCUUAAUAGAGUUAGGAGCGAAUUGUUGCGCAAGCACAAGAAGACAGAUGUUGCUUAUCUAUACAAUUUAGGACCAGAUUGGAUGGAGACAGAGAUAUGGAAUGAACUUGUUGCAUAUUGGAGUACACCAGAGUGGAGAAAGAAAUCAGAAGCUGGUAAAACAAAUAGAAACGUAGAAAAAGAUGGGACUAUUACGAAACACUCUGCUGGUUCAAUAAAAUUGGAGGUUCAUGAGAAUAGAUUGGUAUAA